AUGGCUUACAAAUCAUCAGUUCUAAGCAUCAAAGAAAAACAAUCUGCAAGUAGAAACGAUGGCGAAAAUAAAGAAAGUAUAACACUCAUUUGGUUUGAUCCAAAUAUUGGUUUACAGGAAGAUAUUGAACGAACAAAACAGCAACUUCGUCUUAUUAAUGAUUAUGUCAUUUUUUAUGGCGAUCUUGAACGAUUUAUUACAUUUAUUCAAAAAACUAAUAAACAGAAAAUCUUUUUAGUUACAUCAGGAUCAGAAGCAUCACAAAUUUUACCUCGAAUUUAUUCUUUUCGUCCAAUUGAUUCCAUCUUUAUCUUUUGUAUGAAAAAAGAAAGAUAUGAAUAUUUAUUAAAUGAAUAUUCCAAUAUAGUUGGUAUUUAUAUUAAUCUUGAUGAUUUAUAUUUAUCCAAAGAAUCGGCACAGUUUCUUUGGUUUCAAUUAUUUAAUUAUGUUAUUGUUCAUCCCCCACGAAAUCGACAAGCAAAACAACAAAUGAUUCAAAUAUGCAAAGAAUAUUAUCGCGGAAAUACAAAAGAAGUAAAAUUAGUUCAAGAGUUUGAACAAAAUUAUAGAUCAGAAGAUGCAAUUCACUGGUAUUCAAAACAAUCAUUUGUUUAUAAAUUAAUAAAUAAAGCUCUGAGAACAGAAGAUAUUGAUCUAUUAUAUACAUUUCGUUUUUUUAUUAGUGAUUUUUCGAAAGAGCUUCAACGUGAACAUGACAAGAUCUUAAAAUCAAAAGAAAAAAUUUUGAAUGUUUAUCGAGGAGCUAAACUUGACAAAGAAGAAUUCGACAAAUUAAAAGAAAAUCAAGAAAAACUUAUUUCAACAAAUGUUUAUUUAUCAACUAGUCGACAAAGAUCAUUAGCAUUACGUUUUGCACUGAAAUCAACAAAAAGAAUUGAUGUUAUUCCUGUUCUUUUCCAUAUUCAAUGCGAUAUUAAGCAAAUAAAUAAAAAUAUUAGUUUUGCUGAUAUUAGUGAAUUUAGCCAAUAUCCACAUGAAGAAGAAGUUUUAUUUGAUUUAAAUGCUUGCUUUCAUAAUUGA